AUGUCUACGGAAACCGCCACAAUUCCUUCCUUGUCGGUAUCAGCUAAAGAUGUUGAAAUUUCACAGUCACAACCUCACCUUAUGAAUCUAGCGUGUCAAGUCAAACAUAAUCUUCAGUUUCAACACACUUGGAAUAAAUUAACUAUACAAAUUCAAUCCCCACUUACGCAACAGCCUCUUAUCCGACCCCUCGUGGCUGGUCUCCCGCCGAAAAGGAUAUACAUACACCCCGACGAACAAAUAGAACUACUCAAGUAUGAUGGUGCCAGUAAUGAGGUUAUGGAUGGAGCACAUGAAAUUGAUAAAGACAUCGUGAAGAUGAGCGGUCAGCCUGAAAUGGAAUGGGUGCUGCCUACACAUGUGGAAGAAAAUUGGUCUCUGCGGAGCCUGGCACGUGUAUUCGACGCUAUCAGCACUAUGCCGCCAAAUACAGAAAAUAAUGCUUUGAAAGAUGGAAUUGUAGAAAGGCAAGUUGGCUGGCAGUGGCGCGGGGAGCACAGGCAAAAAAGACUAUUAAUGGCAACUGUUCACGAUGAUAGUACAAUAGUUUACUACAUCGUGCAUGAUGGUAUUGUGAAGCCGCGCCAAAAUUAG